GAAGAAGAAGAACGCCCAUUUUGCUCACGCUAAUCAGACAUCAAAUUGUGCUGAAAUAUCAACAGACAGAAGAGGACAAAGAGCUGCAAUGGACGGUGAUGUUGCUGUUGGUGUGAAGAGAGGCUCAGAUGAGCUCAACAUGUACAGUAGCAGCCCCAACUCUAUGACCGCAAACGGCAGUGACAGUAAGAAACAGCGUCUGGAUGAAUCCCCUCCCUCCAGAGUUCUUCACAUCAGGAAACUUCCCAAUGAAGUGUCAGAGACAGAAGUCAUCGCCCUGGGGCUGCCCUUUGGGAAGGUCACCAACAUACUGAUGCUCAAGGGGAAAAACCAGGCGUUUCUGGAGUUGGGUACAGAAGAAGCAGCCAUUACUAUGGUGAACUACUACACAGCUGUCACACCACAGGUCAGAAACACUCCCGUCUUCAUCCAGUACUCCAAUCAUAAGGAGCUGAAAACAGACUCGGCUCUCAAUCAGAGGGCUCAGGCAGUGUUGCAGGCAGUGUCAGCAGUUCAGGAUGGAAGUUCUCCAUCCUCUGACCCGGGAGUUUUGGACUUAGCUCCACCCCCCAGCCCUGUCCUGCGAAUUAUCAUCGACAACAUGUUUUAUCCUGUGACGUUGGAUGUUCUACAACAGAUCUUCAGUAAGUUUGGGACAGUAAUGAAGAUUAUAACCUUCACCAAGAACAACCAGUUUCAGGCUCUUCUGCAGUUCAGCGACCCCGUCAAUGCACAGCAAGCCAAACUGUCUUUGGAUGGACAGAACAUCUAUAAUUCAUGCUGUACUCUGCGGAUAGACUUCAGUAAACUGGUCAACCUCAACGUCAAAUACAACAAUGAUAAAAGUCGAGAUUACACCAGACCGGACCUUCCUACCGGAGACGGAGAGUCAGCCAACAAGGAUCAUUCGUUAUUGGGUACCCCAUCUGGAGCGCUAGCUUCCUACUCUAGUGGAGGAGGUUACUCAUCUUCUCUCUCCCUCUCACAGGGUGGAGGAGCCAUUAGUCCACUGAGUGCUGCAGCGGCGGCGGCAGCGGCUGCUGGUCGUGUUGCUCUGUCAGGGUCCGGAGUGUCUGGGGUCCUGCUGGCAUCUAACCUAAAUGAAGAGAUGGUCACGCCUCAAAGUCUCUUUACCCUCUUCGGAGUCUAUGGUGAUGUCCAGAGGGUGAAGAUCCUCUACAACAAAAAGGACAGUGCCCUGAUCCAGUUAUCUGAUGGCAACCAGGCUCAGCUGGCUAUGAGCCACUUGAAUGGACAAAAGGUGUUUGGUAAAGUGAUGAGAGUGACUCUGUCUAAGCAUCAGACUGUGGCUUUGCCCAGAGAAGGACUGGAUGACCAACUACUAACUAAAGAUUUUUCUGGCUCACCACUCCAUCGCUUUAAGAAGCCAGGAUCCAAAAACUUCCAGAACAUCUUUCCUCCCUCUGCAACACUUCAUCUCUCCAAUGUCCGGGACGGAGUCGGAGAGGAUGAUCUGCGUCUUCUGUUCUCUAAUAGUGGUGGAACUGUCAAGGCCUUCAAGUUCUUCCAGGACCGUAAGAUGGCCUUGAUCCAGAUGACGUCAGUAGAGGAAGCGAUCCAGACUCUGAUCGACCUCCACAACUAUGACAUGGGAGGGAAUCACCAUCUGAAAGUUUCCUUUUCAAAGUCUACCAUCUAACGAUCCCACCUGGCUCCCAAACCUCAAGAUCUAUGACGAGUGAGGAAGUCACUACAGUUGUCCUCUUUUCUGUUAAGCUCUUCUGCGCUGUCCUCAAACCUUUAUCGGAGCAGUGUGGAGGAUUUAGGGUGAUUUAUUGGUGGAAAUAGAAUAUUCAUAACUAUGUUUUCAUUCAUUGUGUUUAAUCACCUGAAACUAAGAGUCAUUGUGUUUUUGCGACCUUAGAAUCAGCCGUUUAUAUAGGUUCGCAGGUCCAGGGAGUCUGCCAUGUUGCACCACCAUAUUUCUACAGUAGCCCAGAAUGGACAAACCAAACACUGGAUUUAGAGAGUUCUGCUUAGAAAAGGCGUGAGAGGUCUCACCACUAGAUGGCACUAAAUCCUACACGCUGCUCCUUUAAAAAAAUAGUACAAUACUUUAUCACUGAAAUGUGCUUCAGUGUCCAAAGUUUAAAAUUCAAAGUAAAACAUUAGAAAUAGUCAUCAGUUAAAAUAUUGAGAAAACCCAAAUUCCACAAAGCAAAUGUUCUUGAUCAGCAGGAAAAGUGCGCACAUCAGUCCCGAAAAGUUUAAACUUCUGCUUCGACCCAAAGGAAGUCUUAAAGGAAAACUAACCACCAGCUGAAAAUCAGGGUCCCGUUUACCCCUCGUGGUCCCUCCCCACUGAUGUAAAAGUGUUCUCCAGGGUGGGCAGGUACACCGUGACAUCACUGUUGGGCGUGGCUACAGAGGUACACACCUUUGACCAACCACAGCCAUGAGUGAUGCCAGUUAGAGAUGAAACAGACCUGAAACCCUCUACCAGAGAGCACAGUGAAACGCUGCUUUCAGGUCUUCUGUUAAUCUUUAAAGGUAUACCAUGCAGGUAUUGUAGGUAACUGUUUAACCGUAUCGCCAGCAAACCUGACAUUGAAAGCCAAUCCCAGAAUUUUUUUUUUUUCCCCCUAUAGCUUUCUCUGGGACGCGUGCUGCUUUGAUUUUUAUUUUUAUGUAAUUUUUUUUUAACAUUAUUCAGUGAAGCAAAACGAGGGUUCAGAACAGAAAAGACACAACAGGUAAUGUGUUGGGUGAUAUGACAGGUUUGUAAACAGACAAAUAGAUGAACAACAGCAGCAUAGAAGAGGGAAGGAAAAAUAAAUACAUAAAUAAGGAGCUGCCUUUUUAUAAAAUCAUGAUCUCAUCUGCACACUGUUAUUUGCUCGGGGCUACACGCCAAGGAACAUCCCGACCACAGCAAAAUAAGACUCUGUAGAUACAUACACCACCACACUGAGCGUGGGUCGUAAGUGUCGAUUGAGAGGGAUUACUUAUGUAUGAGUCUGUCUGUAAAUUGUUUUUUUGUUUGUUUUUGUUCUUUUAAAUCCUGCAUGGUAAACCUUUAAAGCUGUGUUAAGUUUUAUUUUUUCAGUUAAUUUCCAUCACUGCUAUGUCCAAGUAGCACUUUACAUUUUUUUGUAUUUCCCUGCCACGUGAUCCCCUUCUGAUGUGGCAGUAAUCUCUUUUUCCUUGGAUUUUUUUUUAUUGCAUUACAAGUUCCUUUCAUUAGUGAACUCCAUAUUGAAUCUGCACAUUUUUAAUUUUUGUUUUUAAUUUUUUUAGCGGUGAUCCAGAGUGAAAAUCUGCAGAAUCUUGCAGAAUGUGUUUUUGCUUGUAGACAAUAUUCAUUAAAGAUUUUUUUUUUCUUAAAUUCAUAACCUGUGCAGGUGUCAUUGGAAUUCUGCGGGUGCAGAUUCCGUGUGUUAUAUCUCCAUAAACUGUGUCACCACUCUAACCAACCACCCGUUCUUUUGAAAUCCCUAAGCAAAUGUUGACCCCAAACUAAAGCCGCUAACCUUUGCUUGUAGUAACUGAAACACAAUAUCUGUGUCAGGACAGAUUCCAUCACCACUGCGUUAUCAAUCCUGUGACCACUCGCUCCUUUCGUGGUCAUCAGCUGCUGCCAUCUGAAGUUUGUCUUUUGAUUCAUGCAGUUUCUGAUGGUGUGGUGGCUCUCUCUUUCAUCCUGUCAUUAGUGCACUUUUAUGCAUUUACAAUAAAUUUGAAAAAACCCAGACAAAACUAAAAAUGUUUUUCUAAGCUGCGAGCAUUAAGGAGUAGAUGGAGUGUUACUAUUGCCCUGUGUCCACCACUUUGUUUUUUUCUGGCUAAAAAUGCUGGGGGCUCCUCAGAAAACACCAGACUGGGAGCAUUUUAGAGCGCUUUGGAAGCACAGCAGAGAAACUUUGGUUACAUGUGGUUGCUAUGACACAGAUUGUCCAUGAAAGUAAACAAGUACUUGCUUUGGAUGAGGAGAAGGGUGUGGCAUGCAGAGAGAGAGGACGGACCCGCCGGUCUGUGUGAGUUCAUGAGAGGAAACAUACUGAGUGAACAGUAUAUUCACAGAGUUCUCCUCCAUUGUUCUUUAUUUUUCCCAACACUUGUUGAUGUCAGAUGUGACGGUUUGUCUUUGCAAUAUUUGCCCCUCCCCCAUUGUGAUUGAACGGCUGAAGUGACUGUGACAAGCAUGGAGUUUUCACCCAAAGUUGAACUUAUUCAACUCUAGGCACUCAGAAAAAAUAAACCAAAAAAACAAAACGCCCAAUCCACAGCGCUCAGUGCAGAAUUCACGUCCAGUGCAUUAUCGAGCUGCUGGCGUUAGCGCCGUGGCGUUUGCAGAGCGGCAUUCCCAUUGCAAAGCUAGUUGCUAUUGGAUCUUCUUCUGGUUGACCUAUUACGUCACAAACCAAACAAGUCAGCAAAUAACAAACAGGUUGCAUGUCCAACUGUGACAACUUUUCACUGCUGUACAUUUCAUACGUUUUUUAUUCUUUUCUUGAUACUUUCAUCUUAUGUUUUUUCCUGUUUGUUUGUCCUGGCUUUCUUUUACUAAUUUAUGCAGUUCGACUUCCAGGUCAAAGCCCGGUGUGGGGACUAUAGCGCAUGCACAGAACAUUUAGGCCAGUUCAGGUCCGGUUGAGGCGUAUACAUGAAAGGGUAAAUUAACCCCUAACUGCAUUAUCCAGGUGUGUUAGUCAGACUUCAAGAAAUUCAGCUUUGUAAGAUUUUAGUCGUGCUAACAUUUAUUUAACGUUUUCAUAUGUUUAAAAAGUCCAGUUUUAAUUGGACUAACAAAAAUCCCACUUUUUCCAACACCAUGUAAAUGCACUGACUUUAAAGGUAGUUAAAAUACCGGAUCAAAGUACAUUUGGAGGACUUCAGUACCCAGAAAUCCUCAAAUGAAAUAAAUAAUAAUGUAGCGUUGUGCAAUUUCUAAAAUUUCAAAUGGUAGUUUUUUUCCAUCUCACUGUAACUGAACAAUCACAUUAAAAGUGUUCAUACGAUAUUUGAACAAAAGCAGCAACUUAAUCAUACCCCUUCUAUGAGGACGUUUAAAGGCAUUCUGGGAAAAGGGAAUCAUAAUUUGUAGAUGACAAUUGUAAAGCCCAGACAUUUCCUUAACAAAAUAACUCUGAAUGUAUUGUCAUAGAGCCACCUGUAUAGUUCCUGUUUAAAUCCCAUCCUGCUGUUUUCUAAACCAGCUGUGAGCGGUUGCACAAACACAUAGACAGGAUGCAUGCUCAUGCUGUCAGUUUGGACAAGGUUUCAACAUGUGAUUCUGGUCUUGGUCUCUGAUUUUGGGAGGAGGCCUGUUGGGACCAAAGUACAUGUGCCUUUAGUCUGUGGUCUGGUUUGAUCUGUUGUGUCUUUAAACAGAUUAUUUCAGUGGUAACGUCUGUUGAUCUUGUGUUGUAAACCCUCAGAAACCGAUUAUUUUAGUAAUUAUUUUUGGAUAGAAGUGAACCUGAGCUAAGUUUAUCAAGCAGAGAUGCACAGAAAACUGUUUCAGAACGACUCAUCUCUGGCUCUUUUUUACCACUGAAAUGGGUUUUUUUCUUUUAGGAGAUUGUUGUAAAUUUUUCACUUUAAGUUCAUUUUCUUUUGUGGUAAAAUUAAGAUUAGCCCAAAUUAAACACCUUUUCUACCAACAA